GAAACCAAUCGCACCGGCGUCCCAGAUCCUAUUACGACUACGACCGCGAUGAUAAUUACGGCUCGGGUCUCCGGUACAAUGAUGACUAUGACCGACGCCGGGAGAAGCGCCCCCGCACCCGCAGCCGUUCCCCGUACCGCGAAAUUCGGAAACCCAAGCAAUACUCGGGUGACGAGUGGAAGUCUCAGGGAGCGGAGAGUGUUGCCUCUCGGGAUAACAGGGGAAAGUCAUCUACCGAACAGUCAGUGAGCGAACGAGGGAAAUCUUCAAUCGUCGCUCCAGAUUCUAGAUCAGAUGCUGAAACUCGAAAGGAUCAGGUCCAGCCGCCUUCCUCCCUUGCUGCCAGUGAUAGGUAUGUUUCUCUUCCCCUGCCCUUGCUGCGAUCCAAUUAGCUUAUUCGUAUUGGUCCCAGUGCGAAUGGAACCGUGCAUGAGAAGGAAGAACCGCAACCUGCGGAAUUGGUUGAUGAGGCAGCCCAAAUCGAAGCUCGCCGUAAACGUCGUGAAGCUAUCAGGGCUAAAUACCGAGGACAGGCAACUCCUUUACGCCUGCAGGCGCUUCAUAUCGAAAGCGAUAGAGAAUCAUCAGCGCCGACGCCGGGCGCUGAACAAACUACCCCAAACACUGCAUCCGGUAUGUCGACAUGGCCCUAUUCCUUGGAAGGCUUCAUUGUUAACAGCAUACUUACACGUUCUUCAAUAUGCAGAUACGCAAAGCCCUGCUGCCUUGACGCCCAACGACGGAGCCGGAGAGUUCCCCGAUUUCAAGGUUGGCACCGACGCCGACUUGGCUAAUGCUGGAGCCACUAUAGAUGGCGCCGAACAAGAUGAGCCAUCUGCCGCAGACUAUGAUCCCACGUUUGACAUGAAAGCUGAAAGGCAAAAACACACAAGUGAAGAUGUUUCCGCAACCACUUACGACGAGACGCAAACCACUAAACAGGACCUCUUACUUCCGGACGCGGCUCCGGUCGAGCCACCCCAGCCCAAGGCGAAGGAUCCCUAUGACAUGUUCGCAGACGACGACGGCGAGGACAUGUUUGCGGAAGAUACACAUGAAACAGCGCAUCCCGCGCAUGCUUCGGCAACGUCCGCCGUCCCUCAGCCACAGGAACUAGACAUCAGCAUGAUGGACAACUGGGAUGACCCGGAAGGGUAUUAUAACGUGCGACUCGGUGAGUUGAUCAACGGACGAUACCACGUCCAGCAGAAUCUCGGAAAAGGAAUGUUUUCUUCGGUCGUGCGCGCAACGGACUCGAAAACCGAUCAACUGGUCGCGGUCAAAAUCAUUCGCCAGAACGACACCAUGCGGAAAGCAGGCUUGAAAGAAGUCGGCAUCCUGGAACAACUUCACGAGGCCGACCCGGAGGACAAGAAACAUGUUAUCAAGUUUGUGCGGCACUUUGACCACAAGGGACACUUGUGCAUGGUGUUCGAAAACCUCAGCAUGAACUUGCGCGAAGUGUUGAAGAAAUUCGGGCGAGACGUGGGACUGAACCUGCGCGCGAUUCGAGCGUACGCGCAGCAGAUCUUCCUCGGGCUCAGCCUACUCCGCAAGUGCAAUAUUCUCCAUGCGGAUUUGAAACCCGACAACCUGCUGGUCAACGAGCAGCGCAAUAUCCUCAAGGUCUGCGAUCUAGGGUCUGCGUCGCCCGCGACCGACAACGAGAUCACUCCGUACCUGGUCAGUCGGUUCUACCGGGCCCCGGAAAUCAUCCUGGGGAUCCCCUACGAUCACGCCAUCGACGUGUGGUCGAUUGGCUGCACCUUGUUUGAACUCUACACGGGGAAGAUCCUGUUCACGGGGCGAAACAACAACCAAAUGCUCCGGUCCAUCAUGGAAUGCCGUGGCAAAUACCCACCCAAGUUGCUGCGCCGGGGAUCGCUGGCACACAUGCAUUUCGACGACAUGCUGAACUUCCACAGCACGGAAGAGGACAAGAUUACGGGGCGAUUGGCCACCCGGAUUCUAGACUUCAAGAAGCCCACGCGCGACUUGAAGACGAGGCUAUUGGGCAAGGGCACACGGGGGAUGACGGACAGCGAGGCGAAAGAACUGACGUUGUUUGUGGACCUAUUGGAUCGAUGCCUCAGUCUGAAUCCCGAGAAACGAUGCACGCCUGCGGAGGCGCUGAAGCAUCCGUUCAUCGCGAGGCCCAAGACCUAAGGUGGCGAGCAAGAACGCCAUCAGACUGUUCGUGCUUCUGCCUCACCGGGGCGAACUCGAUCCAGGAUUUAUUAUGUAUAUAAUUAUGUCAUCGCAGACUGAGAACCCACUGGGAAACUGGUGUCAUGAGAACAUACCUCAAUUUUGGGACCUUUUUUUUUUUCUUUGUUCAUUGCGCGUCAGACCACAGGAGAUGG